AUGGGCGACCAAAACAAACAAGAUGGCGAUUUCUACUCCAAUGCUCUCGUGUCUGCAGCCAAAGUGGGAGCCCUGAGCGGAGGCGCUGGUCUGCUCUAUGGCGGAGCUGCAGGAGUUAUCAGAUCACCCAACCCCAUGAUCCAUUCACUAUCAUGCGGCAUCCAUUGGUUUGCAUGCGGCUCAACCUUCUGGUGGCUUCGAAGCAAUAUCAUCAAGCUUCACUACCAAGAUAAAACCUCACCCAAGGAGCGCACCUACAUCAGCGCUCUAUGCGGUGGCAUCGCAGGCGGAAGUGUAACGAAGCUUAUGGGAGGCCGGCUGGUUCCGGGCGCCGUCAUUUUCUCGCUACUUGGGUUCUGUGGCCAGAGUGUCUUCAACCGAGUCGACGCCUGGCAGAUGGCCAAUGCAAACAAUACCUCCAAGCCCCUUGUACAACGAAUGGCGGAGUCCAAGUGGAUUCCUCUACGGACUCUCUCCGACGAAGAGUACCGGGGUAUGCUGGGUGAGAAGUUGUUGAGUGUCGAGGCGGAGAUUGCCUUGCUCGAUGACAAGAUCGCAGAGCUGGAGAAGACUCGCCCUGUCCUUGCUUCCCCCGCAAACUGA